GGGGACGAAAGUUUGUGUCACUUCCUGAUCCGGGGAGGGGAAGCGCGUGCGCUUGUUCAUCCUCGUUUUUUUAAAACAAGCUACAUACUAUAGAGUUUGCAGACUCCUGGAGGGGUACCUAUGCGGGGUUACUUGAACUCGACAUGCACUGCUACCACCAGAGUUUAGAGUUUUAAAUAGGGGAUUUUAAAAGGACGCACUAGAGUUUGGAUAUUCUGAACGCCGUUGUCGUGGAAACGCUAUUUCUUCGAAGGCUGCUGGUCCAUUGGGUUUGUGUUAGCAGGGUAUAAGCCAUGUCGGACGGACGGAUCUACGUGGGAAACCUUCCCAUGGACGUCCAGGAGAGAGACAUUGAGGAUCUCUUCUUCAAAUACGGGAAGAUUCGGGAUAUUGAGCUGAAGAACAACAGAGGGACCAUCCCGUUUGCCUUUGUGCGAUUUGAGGAUCCACGGGAUGCGGAGGAUGCUGUCUUUGGAAGGAAUGGAUAUGGAUUUGGAAACAGUAAGCUGCGUGUGGAAUACCCUCGAUCUUCUGGAUCCAAAUUCAGUGGACCUUCAGGAGGCGGAGGAGGACCCAGAGGGAGGUUUGGACCCCCGUCACGUAGAUCGGAGUUCCGGGUUAUUGUGACGGGUCUGCCCCCCACCGGCAGCUGGCAGGACCUGAAAGAUCACAUGCGGGAGGCGGGCGAUGUGUGUUUUGCUGAUGUGCAGCGUGACGGCGAGGGCGUAGUUGAAUUCCUCAGACGCGAGGACAUGGAUUACGCACUUCGUCGCCUGGACAGCACUGAGUUUAGAUCCCACCAGGGUGAGACGUCAUACAUCAGAGUAAUGGAGGAGCGCAGCACAAGCUGGGGCCGCUCGCGUUCUCGGUCCAGGUCUCGUGGACGCUACUCACCCCCCUAUCAGAGCAGAGGCUCGCCCUCACCCCGUUACCGAUCCCCCCCACGUCACGUGAGCCGGCAUAGCCCCCCGUCUCGACGAGCCCCGGUCCAGCAUCACAGCCCGCCGCCACGGCACUACCGGUGAACGCCAGAGGCGGCGCAGCUUCUUUUCUCAUCUGUCAUGCCCCAUUUUUGUUUCGGAAUUUUGUAAUUUACAUUCCGUUGUUAUUAGAACCCCGAUGACCUUUUGACCUUAUGAUCCGACCUUCAGUUUGUCAAGAAAUCUGAGUUUGCGAAAAUGAGAGAUGGCCACGUGAAUGAUGCGUAGAUGUUUACAGAACAGAUGUUGUGAUGAGUUCAGACAUGUCGAAGCUCUGUAACCGUGUAAGUUUAUAACCCGAAACAUAUUCAGACAUGCUAAUGUCCAAUUUUGUCCUCCGUGAUUAUUCACACGAGGUAAAAGACUGAAGAUGUGAUCGUUGCGGUAAUCUGCUCGAUUGCAUAGACUUUACACCGUUUCAUUUUCAUGUUUGUUUAUGAUUUAAGGAGCCUGACAUUUUUAAACAUUUCUUUCUAAAAUCUCCCCGUGUGAUUCUUUUGUUUUUGUAUCAUGUGAUGACUGUAUGCUAAAUGAAUUUUCUUUUUUCAAUAAAGCAUCGAGUCAAAUUUACUCCCCUAAA